AAUAUUGGUGUGAAUUUUGGGAUAUAAGUGUGCAUACAAGUUUAGGAUUGAGAAACACCUUAAUGGGACAACAAAUAAUCAUGGAAAAAAUAUCUUACAAAGCCAUUUUGCAAGAGUCUCUAAAGGCUAAAGAACCAGAAGAAGCUAUUUUAGCGGACAUUGGGUACAUGCCGGGGGAUAGACGUGGUGCCGCUGGCGUGGAUUCUUCAAUGUUUUCCCACCUUAAACGCAAUUGGCAUUGGACCAGUGUCUCUUAUGGUGGACAUCAGAAUUUCAAAAAAGAAGACGUUCAUAGCGUUCGAGAUGCUCAGCUGAAAUCAGUGCAGAAAAGUGUAUCGUUAAAAGAUUUACCGUGUCACAAAAAAAUUACUGCAGCCACUUUGCAGAUCGGUACCGGAAUGUUAGUAAAAUCAAAAAAACGAGCUGCAGUCAAAAAGUCUAGUAGUGUACCUUUCAUUAAACGCAUAGUAAAGAAAGAUAUAGUUCGUGAAAUAGCUCCACGUAGACAGAGACGUAAACCUGCUAACUAUGAUGAAAUAGACAAACAAGCUUUGCAGAGGAUGAGCAAGUUGAGAGUAGACUGGCAUCCCGAUGAAGAUAGGUUGCUUCUGCUAUGUAAAGUUGGCCUGAUGUAUUUGUUUCCUAAUUGGAGAAGUGUUACCAUUUCUGUGUAUAUUGUACGCGAUAUUUUGCACAAAGUUACACACUCAUAUAAUAAAACAUCAAAAGCAUGUCAACGAAGGAUAUUAUACAUAAUGAAAAAUCCACAGACAGAAAGUAGUGUGCGAUUAUGUUUAGAAGAAAUUCGAUGGAUUCCAGAAAUCAGUAAAAACUUUGGAACGGAUUAUAUAAAAAUGUUUCGUGAAAAAUCUGUAAAUCAUGAUGAAUAUGCAAAUAAAGUAAAUGUCCAUUACGUUGAGUUGGUAACGGCAUUGCGUAGAAUAUUUGGAGGCUUCAGUGUGAACUCAGGACCAUUCUCUGGUAGAUUGCCACGGACUAUACACGAAUUUCUAGAAAAUUAUAAUAUCAGGUUUUCAGAAAUGCAGACUUUAUUGCAUUUACAUUAUAUCACAUCAGAAGUAUCUUGA